AUGGACACAUCCUUUCUUUUCCCGGAAACACACUGCAACAGAGAUAAAUCACCGAACAACACUCACAAUGUGUCUAGCUCGACCACGGUUCAGGCAAAGUCUUUUGCUUAUGUUGUUUCAAACAAUGUCUGUAACAUUCCGCUAAGCCAGCUGCCCAUUCCUUGUAUGAAAGGGGAUCGGUUGGCCAUUACGAUUCCGGAGGAGGAAUACGCUCUCGGAGUGGAGGCAUGUAAACACCAUUUACAUGGCCGUGUGGUCUGGACGAAAGGAACUCAACCUCUCACGGUGUUGAAUCUUAAGAGUAAGCUUAUGGAGAUAUGGCCUUCCCUGGGUAAAUGGGGUGUGACUUCGUUGGGCAAAGGCUUCUUUGAGUUUGCGUUCUCCUCUCUUGAAGAUGUUCAGCGCGUAAGGUCGGUAAACGCUUGGUCAAUUCCGAAUGGUAGCCUGAAACUUUUCCCGUGGACCAAAGAUUUCAUACCUGCAACACUGAAACAAACUUCGGCUCAAGUUUGGAUCAGGAUUCAUGGCCUUUCACAGGAAUAUUGGAGACCCAGAAUCCUUUUUGCUAUUGCGAGCAGCAUCGGUACACCCAUCUGCAUUGACUCUGCUUCUAAUAAGUCUGCGUUCGAAAGACCGUUUGGGCAUUUCGUAAGGAUUCUGGUAGACCUGGAUCUCACAAAGGAGCUAAGCUACAAAAUCCUUGUGGAAAGAAUAGGAUUUGCCUUCUUUGUUGAUAUUGAAUAUGAAAAAAUUCCGGAAUUCUGCUCCUUUUGCAAUAACAUUGGUCAUUCUGUCGAGAACUGCAAAAGAAAAGAGCUGGCAGAAGGUAAAGGCAAAACUCACGUACAUAAACAUGACAAUAAUGUCUAUGUCCCAACCGGAAAGAAAUUCACAAGGGGAGAGACAUCUAAAGAUAAUAGCAUUCUUCCUACUGACAAGAUUCAGGGGCCAGAGGGAAAUGCAGUUAUUGAAGUGGUUAUGGCUGUUAACAAUUCAGUGGAAGCUCAAUUGGUUGAAAAUAACUCCAAUGGAAACAAUAUUGAUAGCAUUAAUGAGGUAGAUGAAGGUAUUAGACUCAGGGAGAACAGAACAUUAGUCAUUAAUGCUGUUGAUUCUCAGGAUGCUGAGGGCUCAUCAGAGAGCGAAUAUGUAGAUGCUAUUCAAUUAGUCAACUUUGUGCCUGAAACACAACUGGAUGAUCGGCAUAAGGAACAGGUCAUUAAUUUUCUAAAAGAAUCAUGGGAUAACAUGGCUGACAAAGAUGAUCCCGGGGUGGAUUUGUUUGAACACAGAGAUUUCCGAUUAGUUUCUAGUAAAAAGAGAAGAAACAAAAAGUCGAGCUCUGCUUCUAUCACCAGGAUAAAUGCUGGUCCCAAAAAUCUUACAUUAUGA